UCAGGCAGUGAACAAUUCCAGAAGCAAGCUUUGGGGGAGGCCAGAAUCAAAGGCGAGGCAUGGUGGCAGCAAGCAAACACUAGAGGGCGACACAGAGUGAGGAACACGCCUGCUGAGGAGGAAACUCCAAUCCGUCUCCGUGCCAGGAGAGGAGCGCGGCUCGCAGCAGCACAGUGUGGGCACUUAGUGCUAGAAGCUCCAGCGCUCUCCUGGUGUGAGUUUCCUACAGCCCCAAACCCUGAGCUGCAGUUGCACAUGCCUAGUUGGGGUGCCCAGCUGGAGUCCCCCAUCUCCUGCCUCUCUGAGAUGCUUCGGAAGCCCCUGGAAGCCAGCUGGCCUUUCUCAGCAGUGGAACAUCCAGUCCGAUGGUCUCACCGACCGAUGAAGAAAAUGAGUCACGGUGCCGGCGCCGGUCAAGGUCAAAGCCACCCGCGUCCCCCGACUCCCAGGCUGGACUGCCUUCCUGCUAGCAGCCGUGGGAGCAGGGCCAACGGGCGAUCCCAGCCCUGCCACUGGCCCCUCUUUGGCCCGCUGCAGCGGCGAGGGGAGUGGGGUACCCUCCAGGCCAGCCCAGGGGCGGACAACUGGAGGUGGGCUUUUGCAUCCGAACUCCUAGGGAGAGAGACGACGUCUAGAUGCUUCCAGAAAGACCCGGAUUUCAGACCGGGUCUCUGGCGCAAUCCGUCAGCUGUGGGCGGCCUCUCCGCGAGCCCCGCUGCUGCCCGAGGACUCCAGCGCCUUCUCCGAGGCGGGGCUGAGCGCGGACCGCCGAGUGGGCGUGGCCGAGCCGCCGUCCUCCUCCCAGAAAAACCGCCGGCGGGAGCUCGGUGCCUUCCUGUGGAGCCUGCCAGAUUGUCAAAGAACAGUGGGGCGGGUGGGCACGGCCACCAUCCCUGGUCCUGCUUACCAAGUCUGGGUGGGGGAACGAAGGGCACCUGGUCAGGGCUGUGAACGGCCCCAGAGGGCCUGCCCACCCGACCCUUCCGGUGCCCUGCCCCUGUGCCCACAGAUGGCCGCGCUCUGCCAGUCUCUCCCAGGCCUGCCGGAGAAGCGGAGAAGCGGGAGGCCUGAGCUCCAGUCCCUCGGCUCCUUACCAGCUUCACGGCCUUGGGGCAAUCUGACCCCUCUGUUUUCUCCUCUGAAAAAUGGGACUCUGACAAGCUACUGUGAUAUUCCAUAAAGCACAUACAGUGGGUAAUCCUCAUUAUUCUAAAUCUCAGUACCCAAAAUGGGAGCCCUUGGGCCCCACACUGCGGGGGUGGGCGCCCUGGGCACUGGGCCAUAUGCUGUCUGGGACUCACUGGAACCCUGUUAAGAUGGGCAGGCGCCUUAUUAGCCCUGCUUUGCAGAUGGGGGGCGGUGCAGGGAGGUGAACAGCAGCACCCAGAGUCAAGCCCAGCCCUGCCUGACCCCAAAACCCAGUUUCUCUCCGUCCUACCCCACUUCUCACCCUGUGCUGCCCAGAGCCACAGCGGCCCCUCCCUUGUGAUGGGCAGGUUGAUUUAAGAACCAGCCCAUCAGUCAGGCGUGAUAGCUCCUGCUUGUAAUCCCAGCAUUCUGGGAGGCUGAGGCAG